CUGUCGAGUCACCUCUGUCAAGCAGGAUGGAGGAAAGCGAGCUGCUAACAUGCUGAUGAACGAGGGAUCCCGACAGCCGAGCAUCAUUAACCGGGGUAGUUAGAUUAAACUCAACGUUUAUUUUGAGUCACUAUAUCGUUUUUAUAAAGCUUCGCCAAAAUGAUGGAAGAAAUCGACAGGUUCCAAGUGCCUCCUGUCAACGGAGAGACUCAGCCUUUGGACCCAGCAGCAUCCUCCACUUCAGAGGCACAGCCUGACACUAAGGGAGAGACUGUGGCCAUGAACUACAAGCCCUCACCACUGCAGGUCCAGAUAGAGAAACAGAGAGAUCUCGCCAGGAAGGCAUCAGUAAAGAAUGGCACCGUGGGAAGUCCUGUCAAUCAGCAACCCAAGAAGAAUGCCAGGACAAGGCUGGUGGUACCAAACAAAGGCUACUCCUCUUUAGACCAGAGCCCAGACGAGAAGCCUCUGGUAGCGCUGGACACUGACAGUGAUGAUGACUUCGACAUGUCCAGAUACUCUUCAUCAGGAUACUCCUCAGCCGAGGUGAGAUGUCUGAGGGACCAGCAAAUCAACCAGGACCUGAACAUCCAGCUCCUGAAGGAUGGGUACCGGCUCGAUGAGAUUCCCGAUGAUGAAGACCUGGAUCUGAUCCCGCCUAAAGCAGUCAAUCCCACCUGCAUGUGCUGCCAGGCGGCCCCCUCCACAGCCUGCCAAAUCCAGUAGCACCUCCCUGCACUUUGUCCUUCCUGCCACCUGCCCUCAGGCCAACUGCUGACCAGAGUGGCAUUAAGGAAGAUAAAAAAAAAAAAAAAAACUACUAGCUGGCCGAGGCACAAAGGGGUAAACAAAAACAAGAGUUUAUAAAUGAAGAAAAUGAGAAACAGAAUAUGUACAGUACCUGUGCAUGUUCCUCCUAUGGCAGGAUCUGUGCGUCUUACUUCUGCGAUGUUGGUUCAGCGGGGACUCGACUGAUGGCAGAAACAUUACCUCUAGGGAAAAUAUGCUACUUCUGCUUCUCCUUCAUUUAAAUUUCAUCUAAUGCUUGUGGAUUUUCUGGUUUACAAGGACCAUAAAGGAUUGUAUGAUGUUGUGGAAGAAGAGAAACAACACAAUGGGAUGAGGAGAAAUCUGCAAACGGCCAGCUGUCAUUUCUGUCUCAGUGGACCAUCCAGGCCGUCGACUUCCUUCGCUGGUGGAUAAUUGAUGGUCAUUAACAAUGGACAAACCUCCUUUUCCUCCUUUCUUUCAGCCAGUCUGCUUCGUCUUCCUGUGUAUAUAUGUGUCAGACUUGAAAACGUAUGUCUGGUCAUGCCCAGGAACAUAGUGUAAAACCAUUGAGCUGCUCAUAAAACAGUAGUGCUAACACUCUCUACACCAAGUAAUACUCCAUCUGUUACACUGAGAUUGUACUGCUUAUACCUGUUUUAUAUUCAUUUAAAAUAAGGUGAAAAAAAUGCAUGUUGCCUGUUAACGCUGCGUCCUGAUGUCAGAUGUGCAGAUAAUUUAUCAGUUUCUAUUGAGCCACAGUCACAGGAGACAUUAUGUGCUUUGUAAAACAGAAUAAGUCAUAUUUAGGAUCACUUACUGCAAUGUCAGUAGAUCUAGAUAAAAAAAAAAUCAGCAAUGGAAGAGGUGAGCUCAUGAAUUAGUGUGUAGUUUGUGUGUUUGUCCAUGUUAGCCUCCACUGCAGAUAAUUACAAUAUCGUUCAAAUACAUGAGGGAAUGAACAGAUGGACAAAAAGGCUUCGAAUCAGAAAGUUCUGCUGGUCCAGCCGGCUUAUGAGGAAUGUGUAUGAAGUGAUGCCAAAUUGCUUGUUUGGGAAUGUUUUUAAUGUUAUUUUCUUUUGUUUGUGUUAAAUAAGACUUUCCUAUCUGCAUAGCAAAGUUCAAAUUUGUUGUUUUUUUUCUUAAAAUCUACUUUAAGUUUUUGUUUUUCUAGAAUUAGAAUGUGUUUAUACCCCACCAGAGUUAAAAUACGACUUGUGUCUAACGUGCAGACGAGAGCUGUACAUGUAGCUGAAGCAGCUGUGUGCUGUUAAUGCUUCAUAGUGUGCUAUUCACUGUUAUUAAUAGAAAGUCAUUCUUCUUGUUUAGAAGCACUGAUUGUUUAUUUUUCUUAUUUUAAUGUUUGCAUUACUCUAAAGAUAUUUGUUGAGCUUCCUAGAGAGAUAUAGCAGUUCAGUGCUGCCAUCAAGAAAAGUAUAAUGGAAAGUUGGGUCACUCAACAACACUUAGUGAGUUUUAGGAGUGAACCACAUCCUUGAAAAAUGCUCCCCCUAAACAACUUUACUAAACUAACUAGGUCUUAUCAAACUAAUAACAGAGGCGGCUUAUAAACAGUGUGUGUGCACCUUGCAGUGCAUGUCGUUUUCUCUGAAUUCAAUGUUCUGAUGUUUAAGGGAUCCAAAAUACUGUUCGCAUGUACAAUACACUAAUUUUUUAUUUAUUUUGAUACCUUUUUUUUGAUAGACCUUACAUUAACCUGCCAUAACGUAUAGUAUACUGAUUUAGGACACUUUUUACAGUUUAAUAUUGACAAACUGUAACAGGCAACAGAAACAACAACAAAAGCAACUUCAGUGAGUUGCUGAGUGGAAAUGCAGGAGUACAAAUACACAAAGGAAUGCUUUUGUAUUUACAGCAUGAAAAUGAUUUUCAAAAUGUUCUCAGAUCAGUCUUAGUAGGUUGAAGAAGCCAAAUUUCUGACAGAAAAUUGAUUGUGUCAAAGAAAUUCCUGCAGCACUUGGGUUAAAAAAGUGCACACACAUUAAAAAAUAGUUUACAAUUCUAUUACAAAACGGUGCCAUGAGUGUAGUCGAUAAACUGAACAGCUUAAAGUGGAAAAAUGACACUAACAGCACAGUUUUUUUUAUUUAAAUGUCACUAAUGCAGCUACCAUCUGAGGGGAUUGUGUACAGAUAGCAUAAACACUGUGGGACUAACUGUGUGAUCGACUACGUUGCUGUGUUUCUCUACCAUCAGCCGACUGGAUUUGCACACACGUCCUCGACGAAGUGCAACGGAGAAAUGGCUUGACUAAGUUUUUGAGUUUUGAAUGAUUUGUUGUAAUACAAGCUAUUUAUAUGCAGUUGUGUUUUUAUUUUCUUUUAUUUUUUUCAUGUGAGAAAUGAUUCAUAUUCAGGCAGAAACUUUUCUGUUGUCGGAUGCUUGUCAUGAUAAUUGUGAACUGGUUCCAUUUAGAUUUUAACAGUGUUACAGUUCUGUGUAUAGUGCAACAUAUCAAAAAAUAAACAUUCGAUAUCUCAA